AUGGCAAGCACAAGAAUCGUCUUUGGAUAUUAUGUUAUUGCUCUCCUCUUUCUUUUUGCAUCAACUCAGUGUGUAGUUAUGAGCCUUGAUGUUAGCACUCUUUGCAUUAAAGAAGAGAGGGUGGCACUCCUUAACAUAAAAAAAGAUCUGAACGAUCCUUCCAAUUGCCUUUCCUCUUGGGUUGGGAAGGAUUGCUGUGACUGGAUUGGUAUACAAUGUGACAAUAAAACAGGUAACAUUCUUAAGCUUGAUCUCCAGCCCCUUCAUAUCUGCACAACAGAUAUAUUUUUACAGUCUCCCUUGGGAGGUAAGAUAAAUCCUUCAUUACUUGACUUAAAACAUUUGAGUCACUUGGACUUGAGCUAUAAUGAUUUCAAAGGAGUUCCCAUUCCUGAAUUUAUUGGUUCUCUCAAUACGCUCAAUUACCUUGAUUUAUCCCAUGCAAAUUUUUCUGGAAUGGUCCCUCCUCAUCUCGGAAAUUUGUCAAAUUUGCAUCAUCUUGAUGUCUCUGGCCCAAGUAUAAGCUGGACACUUUCAGACAUAGGCUUGCUCACUACGGGACUUUGGGUCAGAGACAUAAGCUGGCUCUAUACCUUGUCUUCGCUUCAAUAUCUUAACAUGGACUUUGUUAACAUCACAGACUCACCCCGUGAGUUGUUUCGAGCUGUUAAUAAGAUGCCAUCUCUGUUAGAGUUGCAUUUGUCCUUUUGCAAUCUUGCUGCACUCCCUCCAUCUUCACCCUUUUUAAAUAUUUCAUCACUUUAUGUGCUUGACCUCUCUAAGAAUAUUUAUGAUUCCUCAAUACCUCCCUGGUUGUUCAACAUCAGUACCCUCACACAACUUAUUCUUUCUUAUUCAUCUGUAAGAGGUUUAUUUCCUUCUAUGCUUGGGAAAUGGAAUCUUCACAAUCUUCGAAAUCUAGACCUAUCAUCUAAUGAUCUAACCAUUGAUAUAACUCAAGUAAUGGAGGCCUUGUCUUGUAGCAACCAAAGCCUGGAGGUUCUAGAUUUGAAUUAUAAUCAACUAACUGGGAAAUUGCCUCAUUCAUUAGGAAAACUUACUAGUUUGCGUCAGCUUGACAUUAGUAACAACCUCUUGACCUCACACAUAGGUAUCUCGGGUCCUAUACCAGCAUCUAUAGGAAAUUUAUCAAAUCUAGAAUUUUUGUAUUUGAGAAACAACAUGAUGAAUGGGACAAUUCCUGAAAGCAUUGGUAAACUAACCAAUUUGUAUUUUCUAGACCUACUUGAGAAUCAUUGGGAAGGUACUAUGACAAAUAUUCAUUUCCACAAUCUCACAAACCUACUCAGUUUAUCUGUGUCAUCUAAACAAAACUCAUUUGCUUUGAAAGUGACAAAUGACUGGGUUCCAACUUUUAAGGGUUUGUACCAUGUUGAAAUUUGUAAUUGUCAAGUUGGCCCAGCAUUUCCUAACUGGUUUAGAGACUUAAAUUCCUUGACUGAUAUAUUCCUAGAAAGUGCUGGAAUUUCUGAGGAGAUACCUCACUGGCUUUACAAUAUGUCCUCCCAAAUUUCGAAUCUAGAUCUUUCUCACAACAAAAUAAGUGGUUACCUUCCCAAAGAAAUGAACUUCACUUCCUCAAAUAUAUCUUUGGUUGACUUUUCUUACAACCAGUUGAAGGGUUCAGUGCCACUUUGGUCUGGUGUGAGUGCUCUUUGCCUAAGGAAUAACUUGUUAUCCGGGACAGUACCAGCCAAUUUUGGCGAAAAAAUGUCACAUUUAGAAUACUUGGAUCUAUCAAAUAACUACCUAAGUGGGAAAAUCCCAAUAUCCUUAAAUGAGAUUCAUGAUUUGAAUUAUCUUGAUAUAUCUAACAAUCAUCUGACAGGGGAAAUCCCGCAGAUUUGGAAGGGUAUGCAGAGUUUACAAAUUAUUGAUCUAUCCAGUAACAGUUUCUCAGGUGGAAUUCCAACAUCAAUAUGCUCAUCUCCUUUACUCUUUAUCCUAGAAUUGAGCAACAACCAUCUUUCUGCAAAUUUGUCUCCAACCUUACAAAAUUGUACUCUCUUGAAAAGUCUCUCGCUUGAAAACAAUAGGUUUUUUGGGUCUAUACCAAAAGAGAUAAACCUUCCUUUACUUUCAGAGUUAUUGUUACGAGGAAAUUCAUUAACAGGAAGCAUUCCCGAAGAGUUGUGUCACUUAUCUUCCCUCCAUUUAUUGGAUCUUGCAGAAAACAAUUUCUCUGGAUCAAUACCAGCAUGUUUGGGUGAUAUACUCGGUUUCAAAUUGCCACAACAAAAUUACUCUUUAGGUUUGCUUUAUUCAUUUGAAGAUUUUGGUAUUCUAUCAUACACGAAGCACACAAAUUUGGUCAUAAACGGAAGAGUAGUCAAAUACUUGAAGCAAAUGCAGGUGCAUUCCAUAAUUGAUCUCUCGAAGAAUAAUCUUUCUGGAGAGAUACCAGAGAAGAUAACACAACUGUUUCACUUAGGUGCUCUGAAUUUGUCUUGGAAUCAGCUUACUGGAAAUAUACCCAACAACAUUGGAUCACAAAGAGAUUUAGAAAAUCUUGACCUUUCACAUAACAAUCUUUCCGGUCCAAUCCCUGCGAGCAUGGCUUCCAUGACAUCCUUGAGUUAUUUGAACUUGUCCUACAACAACCUCUCUGGACAAAUUCCAACAGCUAAUCAGUUUGGCACCUUCAAUGAGCUAUCAUAUGUAGGCAACCAAGGGCUUUGUGGGGAUCCUUUGCCAACUAAUUGCUCAUCAUUGUCACCAGGAAAUGUAGAGCAAGACAAAAAACAUGAAGAUGGUGCAGAUGAAGAUGACAACAGUGAAAGAUUGGGAUUAUAUGCAAGCAUAGCAGUCGGGUAUAUUACUGGCUUCUGGAUUGUGUGUGGAAGCUUGAUGUUAAAGAGGUCUUGGAGACAUGCGUAUUUCAAUUUCAUGUAUGACACAAGAGAUAAAGUUCUGGUUUUCAUGGCGGUUAAUUUAAUGCAUCUAAAGCGCAGGUUUGGAUCGGAAAGGAACUGAUGCGGUAGUAUGUGGUAUCUUUUGUUUGAACUUUGUAAUCGUUCUUGGUUAUAUUUUGCUUCUGUAGAUUGAAGGAACUUAAACAAUGGUUGUUUACAAGUUAUUAUAUAAUAUGCUAUUUAAGUUACAACUUUCAUCUCUCACAAGUUAUUAU